CUCGUCCAUUUGGAGGGUCGUAGGGGUUCCUCGAGGACGUUGGCGAGGUUUGGAACAGUCAGGGGUCACAAAUUUGAACAGUAAAAAAAACCCAACAAUGUCGGACGCAGUGGUUAGUUUCUUAAAGGACUUUUUGGCUGGUGGCAUCGCCGCUGCCAUCUCCAAAACAGCUGUCGCUCCCAUUGAGAGAGUCAAGUUGUUGCUGCAGGUCCAGCAUGCCAGCAAACAGAUCACCGCAGAGAUGCAGUACAAAGGCAUCAUUGACUGUGUGGUUCGGAUCCCAAAGGAGCAGGGCUUUAUCUCCUUCUGGAGAGGCAACCUGGCCAACGUGAUCCGCUACUUUCCGACCCAAGCCCUCAACUUCGCCUUCAAAGAUAAGUACAAGAAGAUCUUCCUCGGCGGCGUGGAUCAGAAAAAGCAGUUCUGGCGCUACUUCGCCGGCAACCUGGCGUCCGGCGGCGCCGCCGGCGCCACGUCACUCUGCUUCGUUUAUCCCCUCGACUUCGCCAGGACGAGACUCGCCGCCGACAUCGGCAAGGGUCUCGCGGAGAGAGAGUUCACCGGCCUUGGAAACUGCAUCACUAAGAUUUUCAAAACCGACGGACUCAAGGGUCUCUACCUCGGAUUCAACGUAUCGGUGCAGGGUAUUAUCAUCUACAGAGCGGCCUACUUCGGAUGCUUCGACACAGCCAAAGGUAUGCUGCCAGAUCCCAAGAACACGCACAUCAUCGUCAGCUGGAUGAUCGCUCAGACCGUCACCGCUGCAGCUGGCCUCAUCUCGUACCCCUUCGACACCGUCAGACGUCGUAUGAUGAUGCAGUCCGGCCGCAAAGGAGCUGACAUCAUGUACAAGGGCACAAUCGACUGCUGGAGGAAGAUCCUGAAGGAUGAGGGAUCGAAAGCCUUCUUCAAAGGCGCUUGGUCCAACGUGAUCAGAGGCAUGGGUGGCGCCUUUGUGCUGGUGUUGUAUGACGAGAUCAAGAAGUUCACAUAUUAAACUUUCUAACCUCUCCAGUCACCAAGUAAACCCUUCACUGAGUCUUGCUUCAUGUCAUAGAGUGAUAACAACUUGCGGUGCAUUACAAUGUGGGCGUGUGCUCCUCUGCAACAGCCCUGAGAAAGUAGGUACACCUGACCCGCGUUACGCCUCCUCAGAGGUCUGUACAAGUCCCGUCUACGACGCGCCCAAAGCUACAGCCUUUCAGUUCAAAGUCAAGUCUGUGAUUCCAUGGACAUGUUGUGAUGAUGCAAAGGAUCGAGUCACAGCACAUCACAUGCUCCUGCUGUUAGUUCUUAGGUGCCGAGGCCCAUGUGUUAUGUUGUGACCACUCUGACCCAUGUAUCACACCCUAUACUACUAUUUUAUUAACAAUAAAAAUGUAAUAGUCAA